AUGGCUCUCACUUUCCAUAUUUUCGGUAUAAUCCCCCCAAACACCCGUCUGCGGAUGAAUGAUCUCCAGCAGUUAGACCUUCACGGCCUUGCACCUGCGAAGGCGGGCCACCAACUCGACCACAUCGUUGCCCGCCCUUGCCCAAACAAAAAGAAAGAAUUCGAGAAAAAACACCCCGGCAUCGGCGGCUUCGGCAUCUUCCUUGCUAUCUUCUUCCCCGUCACCGCAGCUACUGCAAUAGGAUACUGGGCCUUCUCCAAAUGGGACGGCAAAUUCGGCCGUAUCCGACUAGGCGAAUCACAGCCCGAAUCGCUCUUCGCAGGCAACUCCCCUCUCAUUACCAUCCCCGUCGCUAUCGUCGCUGGAACAGUGGCGGUUAUAACCGCCCUCCCACUACUCUUUUCUAGCCUCUGGCGAAGCUUCAAAGGAUAUACCCGCCUAUCCAAUCCCUGGGGACAGAGACAGAGACCAUAUGCUUCGCGAGACGCCUUUGCUGCUCGUAGGGGAGAAUAUGUUGGCGUUGUUGAUGACGAGGAUGAGCAUAACUAUCUCAGCUCCGUUUGA